CGAACUUCCACUAGCGACGCAGUCGCUUUGAGUUGACUGCGGGGUUGUAUACGUCGGUUCGGUCACGACUUCCCCUACUCCGCGUCUCCGGUUUCGCGGACUCUUAUCGCUCUCGUUGCGAUAAACGGUUAUCGCCAUUUGGCAUUUAGCGACAGCCAGAACACUCGAGCUCGGAUUUCUCGUCAGUGUUUGCAGUGUAAAAAGCCACCAAGAUGACGGUGAUCACGAAAGCGAUCACGGAGAAGAAGGCGUCCGACAAAAUGGAGCAGCCAUUGUUUGUGGAGGAAAAUGCAACGGAUACGAAAGCUGAUCCUGAAGCAGCACGUUCAAAAGCAGAUGCAGUUCCGACCAGCCGUUACUUUAUUUCCAGAAGGAGUAUCCAUCGUAUACAUAUGACAGCGACAUUUUUGCUCUUUCUUCUCGCGCUGCUGAUACUGCUUAUUGGCAUGAUCGGCGGCUUGUACAUCUACAAACAAUAUGCGAGGACUCAGAUGCGCAGAUUCCGUACUGGCUGGUACAGCAUUCCUUACGACAGCUCAAAUAAAGCGUCCUAUGGCAGUAAUGCGGUUCAUCAGGGACUGUUGGCUGAUUCUGAUCUCUUUACCAAGAGUCUCACCAGGGCCAUGGAGCAGGAUGCGCUGGACAUCGCGAGGCACAUAGAUCAUGAUAUCAAUAAUUUCUUCAAAGAGAGAUUUGAGAUUGAUCUUGAGAAUGAACACUAUGAAAAGAUCGACGUGCCUGAUUUUCGCGGUGGACGACAAGGCCGCUUCAUACACGAUUUCAACAUUAAUAAAACAGGUAUCAUAGAUAUUGAUGGUCAGUCUUGCUUUGUCAUGCCUCUGAAUCGUCAACGCGUAUUACCGCCUCGUAAUAUGUAUGAUCUCCUUAGAAAAAUGUACAACGGUUACUAUGAGGUCGACACCGCGGUCGUACGUGAAACUAUGAAAGUAAUCACACCACCAAUUACCGACAUGUCAAUCGUCGGAACGUAUAUAGCACGUGAAUGCCAAGACUUGCCUACCUACAUGCUGCAGAAAGUUAAUUCUACUAGUGUUGUAAAACGCAGCGCAUCGCAGAGCGGAGUGUUCGGUCAGUUCGCCGGCAAUAGUAUUAUGGAAGUCGAUAUCGUGAAUUUAGAGGACUUCGAAUGAAACUACAAGAAAUUGAGCAGUGAGAAUUUUCAAUUAUUCUAGAAUAUUAAAACCACCAGUAGAUCAAUGUAUAAAAAUUAUAAGCUGUCCAGGGCAAACUUAGGUAAAUAUUCCGUCGAAUUUAAAAUUGUUACUCUUUUUAUCAAAUGCUACAAUUAAUUUCAUGUUUUUAGCUUUUUUCCAAAUUAUGUUUCAGGUAUAUUCCCACAUUUAUAUCGAAACCUCCAUGAGUCUUUCCAUUUUCAUUACACUUAAAAAAGAAACGUUUAAUUUUAAGAUAUUAAAAUGUUUUAUUUUUGUCCCCGUUUUUUUAACUUACAAAUGUUUUAGUUUUAAACAGUGUUUAAAACACUGAAACAUUUAAAGUUAUCAAAGAUUUUAGCUUUAAAUGUUUUAGUGUUUUUAAAUUUAUCCAUUAUUUAAAACUAAAACAUUUUUAAUAUCUUAUAAUUAAACACUUCUCUUGUAAGUAUAGUUGUUCCAUUUUAAUUUUAGAUAUAUAACAUUAUGAAUGUUAUUUGAAGUACAUGGUUAUCGAUCUGAAGUAUAUAAUAUAUCAUGAGAAAUACUUCUUUAUAAUAUAUCAUCUUCAUGAGAGGUUAAACUGCGUGAACGACUGAAUCACUAUAAAAAGAUGCAAGAGAAGUUUAGUAAGAUACAUUGCCUGCAGGUUCUUAUAGGAAAAUUAAUAUUUCUUCCAUAUUCUCGUGGUAUAUUAUUUAAACAGGUAGCAAAUGUGUUAAGCCAUAAUAAUAAAACGUUUAUUAUUAUGAAUUCUGGCAUACACAGCUUGUUGACUAUAUUUAUGAAUGUCUGCGUUAAUAAUCGAUGAAAUCAGUAGAGUAGCCGUGCACUAAGUGGUCGCGCUUACGACGCAGUUUUACGAUGCGUUAUUAUCAGUACUAUAGAUAUAUAUUCAUUUGUGAAUUCUAUUUAGAAAAUCUAUCGCGUUAUGGACAAUGCUUAAACACAGUAUAAGCUCGAGAUAUAAAACACGAAUUACUUAUAUCGCAGAAUUGAAAAUAAUUUUCAAGAUAUGUUUCUAUAAGAGAUAUAUUGGUUUUGCAGUUGUAAUUCAUGUAAAAUGAAGGUGAUUUCUGUAAAACACAUUAAACGUUUAUAAGAUUGCUAUGACUAUAUAAAUAUUUUUACAAAACGCAAUUGAAUUGAAAAGAGGUUACGCAGAAUAUUGAUUUAAAAAAAGUUUUGGUAUGUUUUGACAUUCCAUAUAAGAGACUUGCUUAUCUCUUCUGCAUUUCUAAUCAUAAAUAGAAUUACAUACUUUAAUAUAUAUAUAUAAUAUGAAUACAGUAUCGUAUUUAAAUGUUUUAUGUACCAGUUCAUUGCCAAUUUAUCAUGCAUGAAAGCUGAAACUGUAAACCAGAACUGGAAUAGAUAAGAUAUUCGUGACUAAAUACAAUUUUACCAUUAGUUUAUUUUGAUGUAUUGUCACACGUAAAUAAAAAGAAAUCGUUUUUAUUUUGUUUUUCAUUUUUUAUUACACGCGUACGGCAUUCAUUGUCGACAUUCAGAGAUAUACUCUGAUAUUCAUAGUCUUAUAUACUUUAAUCUUAAAUACUGCCUAAAUCUCUAAUAUUUAUGAAAUGAGUCUCUAAAUUCAAUUUAGAAUAUUUUAUAAUAAAAAUUGGACCUCAGAUUCUAAUGGCAUACGAAAAAAAUAAAAAUUUUAUAGUUUGUUUCAUGUGAUAGAUUGAUUCAUGUGAUCAUUAUUAUUUAUUAAAUAAUGUCGAAAUUAAGAUGGCACAUUAAAUAUAUAUUAUUUUGUAGAAUGAUUUUGAUAUUGACGAACAAUUAGAUGUACACAAAAAUACUGCAUUGUAUUUUCGAAUUUAAAAUAGUUGAACUAUUCAAUACUCACAUGAAAAAAACUUAUUAAAUUUUUUUUAUAAAUCAACCGAGAUGAAGAAAAUAUGUAUGUAUUAAUGUAUGCAUAGAUCACUGAGUUAUGGACCGAGUGCCUGAAUAUUUUUAAUCCAUUUCAUAUCAGUUACGUAUUCUUGCUUGUAUUAUCAGCUCAAUAAACACUCAAAUGUAUAAACAUGCGGUGCGUACACGCCGUUUUAAAUGUAUCCGUAGAUAUGUAGUUUAAACACUGGUGGCAAUAAAUAGUAUAUUAGUUAGUUCCACCACAUUUUCAAGUGGGGAUGGAAAUGCAGAAUGUCUUGUUGAUAAUUGAUUAAUUUCUGUUAAUUCCGACGACAACGCGUAAUUUUAUAUGCGUGAACAUUUAAAUUUUAUUAUAGAAUUACACGAUUCACGUUUCGUGUGAUUAUAGUUAAGUUCCUAUAGUCACUAUAUUUCUAUCUUCAUGAGUUUGAGAAGUUUCCUUAGCUUUAUAGCUUUAAGAAAUCAAAUUUGUAAAACUGUACGCGAAUUAAUUGUAAAGUCUGACGAAAAAAUAAACGAUACAUAUGAAUGUCAGUAUUGGCAAUUGUAAUGAA